AUGUCCUCGGUGAAGGUUGCAGUUCGUGUGAGGCCCUUCAACAAACGGGAAGUGGGUCUUCGUUCAAAGCGAGUCAUCUCGAUGUCCGGAAACACAACAACGAUAUGCAAAGCAGAUGCCGAGGAAUCCACAAGCAAAACCUUCCAAUUCGACUACAGCUAUUGGUCGCACACCGAUGUAAGUCCUUCCUACAUCACCCGUCUUAAUUAA